AUGGAGCCUGCCUCAGAAACUACUAUGAACCUCAGGCCCAGAGGCGCAAAAGCCGAGCGAGAGAUGGAGCUGUGCGACGUCUGCGACGAGUACAUUCCUGCCGAGAAUCGGUGCACCUGCAGCACGUGCGGUAGUCUUGCCCAUCCAGACAUUGAGGGCCUUGACGAGCCUGCGGCAGACUUCGUCUGCAAACGCUGUGUCGAACAAGGCAAGAUCGGGGAUAUCAUUGACCUUGGUAUUGAGGAAGGCAAGGCCUGA